CUGGGAGCAGGAAAGAGUACUGAAGCAAAGACAAAACCCGGAACCAGAGACUUCUUCUGACUGCAAGUGGUCUAAUAAUCAUCAUAACCAUUGGCAACGCCACCAAGCAGCCCAGGAGUGAAUAUAUAGCCAUGUAUUUGAAUAAGGAAGAGGACAAUAGCAAAGCAGGCUCCCUGUCCCUCAGUGUGCUCCUGCUGUCUCUAGCAGUCACAGUGUGUACUGUCUGGCUGGUGGCUCUGUGUGGCGUCUGUGGCUGGUGUCAAGGCAAGCUGGGGAAGAGGAAUAAGCCAGGACUGAAGUUAGCUGGUACUCCAGAGGCGGGUCGUGGGCGUGGAGGAGAGGAGAAAGACAUCAAGUAGGUCCCUCUCUGUAGGCUGCAUAGGAACAUCUGGUUUGUGGGGCCCAAACAAUAACAACAAUAACAACAACAUCCACUUCUAACCCUUUAAAUCCUCUAACAUUAAAAUGACGCUAUUAGGACUGGUACAAAGCCAUUCAGGUAACAGCCAACAACCAACUGAAGUGAGUAAUGGAGAAUAUGAC